CUAAUUGUUUUAGUGCAAGUCUACAACACUUUCUGUAGUUAUCUCGCUCCACUUGCGUGAAUCAACGAGCUCGCGCUUCAAAAUCGCGAAGAGAGCACCAUUCCGGAGCUUUGCUUCUGAAACAGAUCGAACGAACGACGUUCUUCGACAUUAAUUUGAGCUGCGGGCGUGCGAAAAGAAUGAAGUUGACUCCAAAGGAGGUGGACAAACUAAAUCUGCAUAAUGCGGGAUUUCUAGCACAGAAGCGUCUUGCGCGUGGCUUGAGGCUGAAUUACGCUGAAGCUGUAGCACUUAUUGCCACACAGAUUCUGGAGUUUGCUCGCAAUGGUGAUAAGAGCGUGGCAGAAUUGAUGGAAUUGGGACCAAAACUCUUAGGAAGGAGACAAGUUCUUCCGGCUGUUCCACAUCUUGUGGAUUCUGUGCAGGUUGAAGGAACUUUUCGUGAUGGGACGAAGUUAGUCACAGUUCAUAAGCCCUUUGAAGAAGAAAAUGGGAACCUAGAGCUAGCAUUGGACGGUUCUUUCCUUCCAGUGCCUUCGCCAGAAAAGUUCCCUUUGAUGGAAAAUAGUGCGGUGCCUGGUGAGAUUAUCUGUCCAGAUGAAAAGAUUGCUAUUAAUGUUGGACGGAAAGCUGUAAUACUCAGUGUCGUCAAUAAGGGAGACAGACCAAUUCAGGUUGGCAGUCACUAUCACUUUAUUGAGGUGAAUCAUUCCUUGGUUUUUGAUCGAGCAAAAGCUUAUGGCAUGCGUCUCAACAUUUCAGCAGGAUCAGCUACACGAUUUGAGCCAGGGGAUUCAAAAUCUGUCAUACUUGUAGCUAUUGGUGGUAACCAAGUUAUCAGAGGGGGAAAUGACAUAUGUGAUGGUCCGGUUGAUAGUUCUAAAUUAAAAGAUGUGAUGGAAGCUGUGCAUUCUAGAGGAUUUGGAGAUGUGGAAGAAAGCAAUGCUAGAGAAGGCAUCACUGGAACGGAUGAUGAAUUCACCACCAGACUUUCUCGUGAGGAUUAUGCCAACCGGUAUGGUCCUACCACUGGUGACAAAGUUCGACUUGGUGACACAGAUUUAUAUGCCGAAAUCGAACAUGAUUUCACUGUUUAUGGAGAUGAGUGUGUAUUUGGAGGUGGAAAGGUAAUUAGAGAGGGAAUGGGCCAAUCCUGCGGGUUUCCGCCAGCUUUAUCCCUUGACACUGUAAUAACCAAUGCAGUCAUCAUUGAUUACUGCGGAAUUUUCAAGACAGAUAUUGGUAUCAAAGAUGGCUUAAUUAUGACCCUUGGAAAAGCUGGCAAUCCUGAUGUCAUGGAUGGUGUUUGUCCUGAUCUGAUUAUUGGGGCCAAUACUGAGGUUAUUUCUGCAGAAGGAUUACUGGUUACUGCAGGUGCUAUAGAUUGUCAUGUGCACUUCAUAUGCCCUCAACUGGCAUAUGAAGCAAUAUCAAGCGGCAUCACAACGAUGGUGGGAGGUGGAACUGGGCCUGCCGCAGGAACUUGUGCUACCACUUGUACGCCAUCUCCAGUGCAGAUGAGGAUGAUGCUGCAAUCAACUGAUGACCUCCCCUUGAAUUUCGGCUUUACAGGAAAAGGGAACAGUUCGAAGCCAGAUGAGCUAUAUGAAAUAGUACGCGCAGGAGCAAUGGGGCUGAAGUUACAUGAAGAUUGGGGAACUACUCCUGCUGCAAUUGACAAUUGCUUAACUGUGGCAGAAAAAUAUGACAUUCAGGUGAAUAUUCACACCGACACGUUGAAUGAAUCUGGAUUUGUCGAACAAACAAUCGCAGCUUUUAAGGGAAGAACCAUACACACUUACCACAGUGAAGGAGCUGGAGGUGGUCAUGCUCCAGAUAUCAUUCGAGUGUGUGGUGUGAAAAAUGUUCUGCCUUCAUCAACUAAUCCUACACGACCAUUCACGAUCAACACUGUAGAUGAACACCUUGACAUGCUGAUGGUGUGCCAUCAUCUCGAUCGCAAUAUUAAGGAAGAUGUAGCUUUUGCGGAAUCAAGGAUAAGGAAGGAAACCAUUGCUGCAGAAGAUAUUUUGCAUGAUAUGGGGGCAAUCAGUAUCAUAUCUUCUGAUUCACAGGCGAUGGGUCGCAUAGGAGAGGUUAUCUCAAGAACGUGGCAAACUGCACAUAAAAUGAAGUUGGCAAGGCCGUCUCCAUCAGACAAUGACAACUUUCGGAUCAAGCGAUACAUAUCCAAAUAUACCAUAAAUCCAGCCAUAGCAAACGGGUUUUCUCAGUACGUUGGUUCAAUAGAGGCAGGGAAGUUGGCUGAUCUUGUUCUCUGGAAGCCAUCCUUUUUUGGGGCAAAACCAGAAAUGGUGAUCAAAGGUGGUGUAAUUGCAUGGGCAAACAUGGGUGAUCCGAAUGCAAGUAUUCCUACUCCCGAACCGGUACUGAUGAGGCCAAUGUUUGGAUCCUUUGGAAAGGCUGCAAGUACCCACUCAAUUGCCUUUGUCAGCAAGGCAGCUGUUAACGUAGGAGUUAAAGCCAUGUACGGACUAAAAAAGAGAGUUGAAGCUGUAGACAACAUUAGGAAACUGACUAAACUUGACAUGAAGUGGAAUGACGCCCUUCCGCUCAUCGAAGUAGAUCCCGAAACGUACACGGUGAAAGCCGAUGGCGAGGUUCUUACCUGCCAGCCCGCCGCUUCUGUUCCUCUUUCUCAAAAUUACUUCUUUUUCUAGACUUCCCUUUUAACUCUCCAUUGUCAUAACUUUCCUUCUGCAUUUCCAAUUUUGAAGUAGGUGGUACUUUCAGAAUAAGGCCACAUAUAAGCUUUCUGAUAUGGAGGAAUGCCAAUGGCCUCGGUUCUUUACCUCUCUCUUCAAACUAUUUGUUUCUAAAUAACAUUACGUUUGAAACCCACAAUUCUGUGUGUUUCUAAUCAAUUCA